AAAACGAGCCCUAGAUUUUGUAUAAAAGGGGACUUGCAAUUCACAACUUGUAAAUUUUCUCCUCAAGAACUCUUAGAUCGUGAGUAGAGAAUAUUCUCGAGCAUCGUUUCUUUUCUUCUGGUUCAGAAUAAUUCCCUUCAGCAUCUCUGUUCAUUUCAAACUUUUGAUUGAUUUUGUGCUGAACAACAAACUAUUUGGGGUUCUUGUGUAAUUUAAGAAGAGCGAGGAAGAUCGGAAGGACAAACCCCUCGUGUACUCGCUAUGUCUUCUUCCGGAAUCUCUUCCCAAAGCUCCGAAUUGACAGAUGCGGUUCAAGGACUAGUUCUUUGCGAUCAGAGCGAUAAAGAUCGGAGGGCUAUGGCAACUUCUUCCGGAAUCUCUAUCCAGAGCGCUGAAAUUUCAGAUGCUGUUCAAGAACAAGUAACUUGCGACCAGUUGGAAAUGGGAAAGAAAGUAGAGAUUCAAGGAACGGGGCAUGGUAGUCACGAUGGGGCUUGUGCAAUCUGCUUAAAUAAGAUAGCACUUCAAGAAACUGCUUUAGUAAGAGGCUGUGAGCACGCCUAUUGUGCAACUUGCAUCCUUCGAUGGGCAUCAUACACUAAGAAGCCGACUUGUCCACAAUGUAAACAUCCAUUUGAGUUCUUGAUCGUUCAUCGUUCUCUUGAUGGGAGCAUCCACGACUACAUGUUUGAGGAGAGUGUAUGCCUGCUUCUGAGAGCUUCGUGGUAUAAACCUCCAAUCAUUGAAGAACGGGAGGAAACAUAUGAUGAUCCUGAGGAUGACCAAUACUAUCCUUAUGAGGAUGAUGAUGAAGAGUUAGAGGAUGCUUACUUGGGUGAAUCACCAUCUCUUCGCAUUGGGAAUCGAAGGUGGGGAUACAAUGGUUAUGUGAGGGCAGGUAGACAGGAAGCCCGACCAGUUCUUAGGCAGGAGUUUACUGGACCUAGUUCAUCGAGGGAGCCCGUAACAAAACAGGCUUCUUCCAAGGACAAAACAGGCCGACGUGCUAAAAGGGCCUUGAAACGAGAAGCUGCAGAUAAAGCAGCAGCAGCCAAGCAUCAAGAGCAUCUGGCUAGGUUUGGCCGGAAGUGAUUUUUAUGUUUAAAACUCCUGUAUAGAACUAAGCUCUGCUCUUUUCUAUCUGUACAGCUCUUUGAUUCAAUCUUCUUUCCUAGCUGAUGCACCUUACUAAAGGCUGGUAGCUCCCAAUGAAAAACUAAGAUAGAGAUCAUAAAUGCUGAUAAGGUUGUACAUGAGGCCAGCGAAUUCUUUGUAUAAAAUUUGUCUUUUCAGGUGAACAACUGAAGAUGGCCUACAUGGGUUUGGGUU